UGCUUUGCAUUGCUCAAGAUUUUAUUUCAACGCAUUUUGUUAGUUUGCUACUUACGUUUAUUCUUUAUGCUUAUUUUUGAAUUCUAUAAUUGGUGUCCUAUUCUUAUUUAGACCAAUAUUUUGCAACACAUAUGCACUUGGAGGUACCAAGAGUGAGCCGAGGGGAUCAAUGGUGAAAACUACAAAAAACAAUUGAGGUUUUCAACUAUCGGGGGAUUUGAGCAUUUUCUUCCUUUUAAGAAUAAAUGAUCUUGAACGUCAUCACCCUUCUCGACCACUGGUCUCCUCGUUGCUACAUCCAUUCUUGAUUUUUCAGCAAAGAUUUGAUCCCUUGUUGAGCUAUCUCCAACUUCCCACGUGAUACUUCCAUUAUUGAGACCUAAGGUCUCUUGCAUUCCUGGAAUUAUGAAGCGUCCAACUGACUGAGGCAGUGCUUUAACAUAAACCAUUUUCUUGGCUAUGGUCCUCAAGCUGUAUGGUAUGUGCUAUUGAUACACCUCCCUGCCAUUGUAUCCAGCACCUCCAUCUUCUUGGAUGCUCAUGACACACCCCUUGAAAAUGCAAUAAUACCCAUAAUUUUGGCACGCCAUUACUAUAAGGAAGGAAGUGUUACAUCAUCUAUUUUGGUAGUUUUGAACGGCAGAGAGCUAAUCCUUAAGUUGCAUUAACCUGAAUUCAGUCCAUAUAGCUGUGACCCAUGAAUUCAAGGAAGGCCGUUCACUCAUUUUAUUGACUGUCUUGGUAGAUUGUGAAAACACUGAACCAUCACUUGGCCUCCCUAGAAUUAGGAAGCAUUUUGUGCUUCAAGUUCAAGCAUUACGUAUAAAAACUCAUGUUGCGUCUUUCUCUUUAAUAUCAGGCUCUAGAGUCUGGACCAUAUAGAUGCUGUCUAAAUUCUAUAUAUUCUCUAGUUUUAUUUACAUUAAUUCAGUUGUUGAUUUUGCAGUUGUUUUAAAAGGGCUUGGUUUGUGCAACUUGACAUCAUCUGAAAGCUAUGUUUUAAGCUUGCCAGCUUCUUUUAUUGUCAAGAUGUAUGAAAUAACUAAUCUAUCAGAUAGUGAUGAUGAGCUUAAGCCUGAGACUGGAACCAUCACGAAAGUAGAGGCAAUUGAUUAUAAUGGUUUUCAUCGUGAGAACAUGUACUCAAGCCAUAUUAGGGACAAUGGUGCGAGCUCAUCUGGAAGCAAUAUAAGAUCAUCCCUCAUAGGGAUGGGAUUCUCACUGGAUCUUAUUGAGAAAGCUAUCAGACAAAAUGGUGAAGAGAAUAUGAAUUUAUUACUGGAGACUCUCCUUGCAUAUUCCGAUCUUCAAACAUCAAAGGCCAGAUCAUUGCAUUCUGCUAAUGGCUCAGUCCUGGACAAAGACGAGGAAUUAGCUCAAGGUAGCGGAAAGAGGAAGGCUCAUUGUAUAUCACAUUCAGAAUCAUCUGAUUCUCUGGAUUGCUUAUUCGGUGAUGAGAAGGAUAUAAGCAGUCGGAGCACUGUCCGUACAACUAUUCCCUUAAAAGAGGACCCCGAUCAGUGUUGCAAUGUUACUGAAGACAAAAAGGCAUCUUUACUGAUGAUGAACUUCACUAUGGAGGAAAUUGAGUUUGCAAUGAACAAAUUUGGCGAAGAUGCUCGUGUUGACGAACUUGUAGAUUUCAUCUUUGCUGCUCAGAUGGAUAGUGCAGACGAUUCAAACAAGAAACUUGAAACAAAGAGCGAGCAGGAUGCCACCACUGAGACCUUGUUUGGGACCAUGGACAAGACACUUAGACUGCUUGAAAUAGGCUUCUCUGAACAGGAAAUUUCUGCGGCCAUUGAGAAGUAUGGUUCGGAGGUGUCCAUAUCGGAGCUUGCUGACUCGAUUGUUUGCGAUCGAAUGGGUGGCCCUUGCAUCAAGACAGAAGAGGAUCCUUUCGGAGCCAAUUCCUGGAUGACUGGAAAUAAAUUCAAGUCUUCAUCUAUGGGGGCAGAAAGAGUCUUAGAUGCCAGUUUUUAUAGUAAUUUAGCAUUAAGAACAGAAGAAAGUAGUCAGGCUGCUGCUUCUCAGAUUAGAGACUUUGACAUAGGUGACAGCUGUAAAGGAAAGCAGCCAAAAGAAGAAACUGCUGAUGAACUGAUUACUAUACAGAGACCAAAACCGGAAUUUGAUGAUUUGAAUAGUUAUUCUGGACCAGCAUGCACUGUACCAAAACCUCCAGUGAGUUCCAAGGUAUUACAGAGACAGCUCAAGUAUAAAGCAAGACGUAUGGCAGCAACUGGAGUGCCAAAACUGAUCCAGCCUGUUUCAUGUAGCAGUGUGGAUCAAAUGGUAGCCAAAGCUCCGUUAUUUUUCUACGGGAAUGUUAUGAACUUGUCUCAGGAUUCAUGGGUCAAAAUAUCUCAAUUCUUGUAUGCAAUCGAGCCUGAAUUUGUCAACACUCAGUUUUUCUCAGCCUUGAGUAGGAAAGAAGGCUAUAUACAUAAUCUCCCAACCAAAAACCGGUUUCACAUCCUGCCGAAGCCACCGAUGACAAUAGAAGAAGUGAUACCACAAACAAAGAAGUACUGGCCAUCGUGGGAUACAAGAAAACAGUUGACCUGUAUCAAUUCUGAAACUAUUGGAAUUUCCCAGCUCUGUGAUAGGCUCAGAAAUAUAUUGAUUGAUUCUAAGGGACUACUUUCUGUUGAACAGCAAAAGGACCUUCUUCACCAAUGCAGGAGCUUGAAUCUCAUGUGGGUGGGCCGCAACCGAGUAUCACCCAUUGAACCUGAAUUGGUGGAAAGGAUUCUUGGGUACCCGAUGUAUCACACUCGAGAAGAUGGGCUCAGCCUAGGAGAAAGGCUGCAGUCUCUGAAACACUCGUUCCAAACAGACACAUUAGGAUAUCACUUGUCUGUUUUGAAGUCUAUGUACCCUGAAGGAUUAACCUUGCUUUCAAUCUACAGUGGAGUUGGAGGGGCCGAAAUCACUUUAAACCGACUUGGGAUUCGUUUGAAGGCAGUUGUGUCAGUUGAGCCGUCAGAGAUAAAGCGUAAGAUUCUGAGACAGUGGUGGGACAAGUCAGAUCAGACAGGGGAGUUGGUGCAGAUUGAAAACAUUCAAAAGUUAUCGAGCAGUAAGCUUGAAAGUCUGAUCAAGAAGUUUGGUGUUUUUGAUUUUAUCAUAUGCCAAAACCCGUAUACAUACGCUCCGAAAAGUGUUACCAUGGCUGCUGCAGAAACUGAGAGUUUUGCAGGGUUGGACUUUUCACUGUUUUAUGAGUUUGUUCGUGUUCUGCAACGAGUUAGGAGUGCAAUAAAGACCAGUUGAUGAAGGUUGUUGCUGCAGGAUGCAUCCAUCCACUCACCCAAAAGAAAGGUAUCCCUUAUGUUCAUCUCUUCUUUUUUGUAGAUUCAUCAUCUUUUAGAAGGUGGUUAGUACUUAUUAUUAUUAUUAUUAUUAUUAUGUGAUGUGACUUGAGAUAGAAAUCUUUUUUUCUAUAUUUAGAAAUGAAAAAGAAUAUAUCAUGUCU